CUAUAUCUCAAGCGCUCUUCCUGAAAAAAUCUUUUUAAAAGCGCGAAAAAUCAAAUCAAAUUACAGGUCUACCUUAGUUGUAUCUCUCUUUUCUGCUGCUACUACUGCUGCUUAUUCUGCUGCUCCUACUUUUUCUUCUAGGGUUUCAAUUUCAUUUCUCUGAAGCUCUUAACCCCUUCUCUUCUUCCAAUGUCGAACCCUAAGUCUGUAGAUUCCUUCCUCUGGUGGGAUCCUUUCACUUCCCUUCUCACUGACCUCGAAAACGCUCCUCUCUCUUCUGACCUCCCUCCAUCCAUAGCGAAGAAGUUGAAGGAGAAUCAUGCGUGGUUCGUGGAUACAGUAUCGCUCUUCAGGCCUCCAAAUGCGAAAUCAAGAGAGGUUUUGAAUUCACAGCAAGUGAAAAUCGGCAGUCAUGAAUUGACGAUCAAGCCUGAAUUGAAAAAUAAGGCUUUGCAAAUUAGUUCCUAUUUGUGUUUAGAUGAGGUGCAAUCGUAUAUUCUUGUGGAAAGAUCUCAUGAAAGCAAUGGCUUAGCUAUUGAUUCCAUAGCUGAAGAAUAUCUCCAUGUGAUAUUGCUCCACUACUACAUUGAGCGACAGUGCUUGCUGAAGUGUACCAGGCAGAUUCUCAUGCAUGCUUUAUAUGUUGGAAUUAGCUCAAAAGGAGAAAAUGUUGUUAGGGAUGAGGUGACAAAGCUGAUUUCUGAUGGACUGGAACACAAAUUAAUCUCUGUUCUGCGGGACCUUUUAUCCUCUAGUCAUCCUAAGGAGAUGGAUGUAGAUCUUUUCACUUUGUGGGCUGAGGAGACACUGAUCGAGGACAAUUUGGUUUUAGACAUUCUCUUCCUCAUUUACUAUGAGUCACUUUGUACUUGUAACGGUGAUACAUGGAAAAACCUAUGCUCACUUUACAAGGGGAUCUUAUUUGGCUUGUAUAAUUUUGAAAAGCUGGCAAUAUCAACUGAAGCACUAAAGUCUUCUUAUCAUGCCAAAGUCCUAUUACUACUCAUCCUAAUGGAAACGUUGGACCUGGAAAAUCUUCUUCAAUUGGUCCAUGAUGAAAUUCCUUUCAGGUCAGGUGCUUCCAUAUUUUCAUUGACUGAUAUUCAACAGAUGGAUGCAUUGCUAUCUAGUUUUAGUGCUUUUGAAGUUAAAGAAGCAGGCCCGCUAAUACUUACAUGGGCUGUAUGUCUCUGUCUAAUUUCAUCACUUCCUGGAAAAGAAGAAAAUAAAGUGCUAAUGGAAAUUGAUCAUGUUGGUUAUCUUCGUCAAGCAUUUGAAAGUGAAUCGCUGAGUUAUUUUGUUGAAAUUCUUGAUAGCAGCUUGAUGAAGGAGUCAGAUGGGCCUGUUGCUGGUUAUCGAAGUGUCUUGAGAACUUUUGUUUCUGCAUUUAUUGCAUCUUAUGAGAUUAAUCUUCAGUUAGAAGACAGAACCCUUAAUCUCAUAUUAGAUAUUCUUUGCAAGAUCUAUCGAGGAGAGGAAUCACUUUGUAGUCAGUUUUGGGACAAGGAAAGUUUCAUUGAUGGCCCUAUUCGGUGUCUUCUCUGCAACUUAGAGGGUGAAUUUCCCUUCAGGACUGCAGAACUUAGUCGCCUUUUAUCAUCCCUUAGUGAAGGAAGUUGGCCCACCGAAUGCGUGUAUAACUUUCUUGAUAAGUCUGUUGGCAUAUCAUCCCUGUUUGAAAUUACUAGUGAAUCCUGGUUAGACAACAUCUUACAGAUUGUUGAAACUCACCAUCCAUUGCACGUUCCUGGGGUGGAAGGUUUGCUAAUACCAAGUAAAACUCGUGGUCAUGUCUUGAAACUUAUUGGUGGGAAUACUGCUCUUGUACGUUGGGAGUUUACGCAAUCUGGGCUGCUCAUCCUGCUUCUGCGUUUGGCUCGGGAGCAGUAUAUGGAGAGCAACGAGGAAGUUUUUCUCACUCUUGACCUUCUUAGUCGAAUGGUGUCUUUUAACAUGGCUGUAACUUUUUCUUUGAUGGACAUUGGCAACUCAUUUUACUUUCAAGAAGUUGGAGUGAAUUGGCAGAUCGAGAGGAGUUUGUGGGUGGUUGAGGUUAUUUGUGCAGUGAUAAAAAAGUUGUAUCCUAGUUCUGGUGGUGCUGCAAUGAUGUCUAUGGGUGUCAGUAUUUUGGCAAUGAUGUUGAAAUGUGCGCCAUCUCAUGUUGCUGCUGUUGCUCUGAAAACAAAUAUAUUUGAGAUGACUUUGAAGACAAGCAUGUUCGAUGUUGGAAAUGAUGGAUUAUCAAGUGGAUCGUGGUUUCUUUCUGGAAAACUAGCAAAGAUGCUUUUGAUAGACUCUGAGCUGAAUGAUUAUGAGAAGCCAUUAACAAUAUCAGUGCUGGAGUUUACCAUGCAGCUGGUAGAGACGGGAAUAGAAAAUGAACUUGUUCUCGCUUUAGUUGUUUUUUCUCUGCAGUAUAUUCUAAUUAAUCAUGAGUACUGGAAAUACAAGCUGAAGAACGUUAGAUGGAAAGUAACAUUGAAGGUUUUGGAAGUGCUGAAAAAAUGCGUGUUAUCAAUCUCAUUUUCUGAGAAAUUGGGUGUUGCUAUCCAUGAUAUGUUAUUCUCCGAUUCUUCUAUCCACAGUGUAAUCUUUCGGCUUGUUUGCACAACUAAACGAACCUUAGAGAAGCUUAAUGUCAGCCGUCUUGUUGAACCGGUGGAAAUAGAAGGAUUUCAGCUUGCUAUCAGUUCUGCUUUGGACAUUCUGUAUAUCAUGAUCUCCAAAUUUUCUGAGGAUAUCUCACCCAGUCUUCCUGUCUUUUACCAAGCGGUGCUGUCAUCUUCAGCCAAACCGAUUCCUGUUAUUGCAGCUGUUAUAUCCUUGAUAUCAUAUUCACUCAAUCCUGCAAUACAGGUUGGGGCUACUAAGGUAUUAUCUAAAUUGUUGGUUAUGGCAGAUAAUUUGCAGCCAUAUUUGGCUAGCAACGUGUGUUUUGGUCUGGAUGACGAGCAGAUUGCAGAUUUAAGACAUUCUGUGAAAAGUGCAUUAUUUGAGCAGAUGGAGUGGAACGGAGAUCUGUUUGUUGCUAUGGUCAGUCUGCUUAAUUCUGCAGCUCGCCAUCAGCCUUCUUUUCUUCUUGCGAUUUUAGCUCCGAAAGUGGAUACUGAAGUCCAAUCAAGUAACACUGGUGGCAUGAAGCAACAAUUGAGUGAAAUUUCCAAUGGUCCACCGGGGUCCCAGAAAUCAAGUCUGCUUGAUGCACUUAUGCAAUAUGUAGACAGUGCUGGUGACUUUAUUAACAGCAAUCCCCGUGUACUGCUUGGUGUACUAGAUUUCUUAAAGGCAUUGUGGGAAGGGGCUGUUCAGUAUAUUAAUAUUUUGGAGCAUCUCAAAAGCUCUAGAAUGUUUUGGAAGCAACUCUGCAACUGUGUUUCAGUGGUUACUAGCUCGAAAACUUUUGUGCUUGAAAAUUUGACCGAAAUGGAAGCUCAAAGCUUGGUGUACAAAUAUUGCUGUCAAUCUGCUGUAUUGGAAAUAAUGGCAUAUGAGAUGUUUCUGAGGAAGAAGUUGUUGCAUGCUAACUCACUUCUAAAAGAUGCUCCUCAUUCUAAGGACAAAACAGAACAUAGAGUGAGCACAGAAAAGUUGCAAUCUGGGAGUGAUUUUGAUUUGGAGAAUAUCUUGUCAAAUUGGUGUGACAAGUCCUUUUUGGGGAACCUAAUGAAGUCGUAUUCUUGCUGUGAAUAUGAUGAUGAAAUUUGUUAUCGUGCAAAGGUUGCUUCCAGUAUGUUCAUUGUCCAUGUGAUGGGGAAGUUGGAAUCUGGCAAUACUGGAAGCAUAUCUGUAUCAUUACUGAAGAAGAUCCGUGUCACUUUUGAAAAUUUGAACUGUCAGCCUGCCCUUUCUGAACUGUUGGCUCAAUACUCUCAACGGGGUUACAGUGAGGGAAAGGAACUAAAAAGUCUGAUCCUCAGUGAUCUUUAUUAUCAUCUACAAGGGGAGCUCCGAGGCCGUAAAAUUGGUCCCGGGCCAUUUAAAGAACUCUCUAUGUGUCUAGUUGAAUCAAAAUGUUUGCAGACAUACCAACAAAAGUACAAUGAUGAAUGUUUUGCACAUGCCAAAAGCAUCUGCUUGUAUGAUAUCAAUCAUAUACGAACAGAUUUGGGACUACAUAUGUGGGAUCAUACAGAGUGGAAAGAAUGUAAAGCAAUUGCAGAAACAAUGUUGGAUUGCAUGCAGCAAGUGAAUUCAAUGAUUUUACUUUCUAGUUCAAAACUUUCCACACUGAAGGCCUUGAUAACUGUCUUGACUUUGUAUGACGAUAAUUCGCCAGAGAAAAAGACUGUAAUUGGAGGAAAGCUCCCUCGUCAACUCUGCUUCUCAUGCAUUGAUCACAUAUGCCAACAUUUUCACGUCACAGUGGAAUCAUUGGCUCCAGUUCUUGAUGCCUCUGAAGAGAUUCUUGAUUUCCUUUCAGCACAAGCAGAAUUACUUCUCCAUCUUGUAAGAUCAGCCCAAGGCAACUUGUCUUUAUCUGCUUGUGUACUUGUUUUGAAAACCUCAGGUUCUGGCCUCAAAAUGCUGAGUGGCCUCCGGUCAUCCGUUAGUGGGGUUAACAAAACAUUGAAGGUCUUGCUUAUGCUGCUUCUCUUUGCAGUGGAGUCCAAUAAAACUCCAGACAAGGAAUCUGAAGGCUUUGCAGAGAUUUCCAAUGUUUGCCUAGGACUAUUGCCUAUUUUAUGCAAUUGCAUUACUAUUGCUGAACAUAGUGGCCUCACCUUGACUACCAUUGACUUAAUACUAAGAAGUUUUUUGACACCUAAGACUUGGUUCCCUAUCAUACGGACACAUCUACAAUUGCAGCAUGUUAUUCUAAAGCUUCAAGAUGAUUCUUUUGCAUCGAUCGCAAUAGCAUUGAAGUUCCUUUUGACUUUGGCACAGGUGAGAGGAGGUGCUGAAAUGCUUCUUAAUGCUGGUUUUUUCUUGUCUCUUAGGGCCUUGUUUGACAACUUAUUGGAUAGUAGGCCUUUCACAACGAUUAUUAACAACAAUAGCUUUGCAAAGUCAUCUGAGAAAGAAGAAAAGCCACAACAGAUUUGGGGUUUUGGCUUGGCUGUGGUUACAGCUAUGAUUAAUUCUUUGGGAGACUCUUAUUAUACUGAUCUAAUGGACAAUGUAAUACCUUACUUGUUUUCAGAGAAAGCUCAUUUGAUUUCUUAUUAUCUUGAUGCACCUGACUUCCCAUCUGAUAAUCAUGAUAAGAAAAGACUGCGGGCACAAAGGACACAAACUUCUCUGAAUGCUCUUAAGGAAACAGAACAUACUCUUCUGUUGAUGUGCACUCUGGCAAAUCAUUGGAAUUUGUGGGUUAAGGGCAUGAAAGAAAUGGAUUCGCAGUUGCGAGAGAAAAGUGUCCAUCUGUUGGCCUUUAUUAGCCGAGGAAUUCAUCGUCCUGGAGAAUCUCCCGGAAGAACUGCGCCUCUCUUCUGUCCUCCUAUCUUCAAAGAGGAAUUUGAUUGCUGCAAGAAGCCAACCUUUUUAAAUAUAAGGAAUGGAUGGUUUGCGCUUUCACCUAUUUGUUGUGCUUCAAAGCCCAAACUUUCCACUGUCUCAGCCACAAGUAAUGCACUUGUAAUCCAGGGCCAAUCAACUGAAACUGCAAAUACUGUUUCUCCAACAUAUUUCUCAGACAUAGUUGCCUUGCAGAUAUAUAGAAUUGCAUUUCUUCUGUUGAAAUUUCUUUGUUUUGAAGCAAAAGGUGCUCUUAGAAGGUCAGAGGAAGUGGGAUUUAUUGAUCUUGCUCAUAUUCCUGAGCUUCCAAUGCCUGAGAUAUUACAUGGCUUGCAGGAUCAAGCAAUUUCAGUUGUUUCUGAACUGUGUAAUGCAAACAAAAUGAAGCAAGUUCAUCCAGAAAUCCAGUCAGUCUGUCUCUUAAUGCUUCAAAUAAUGGAGAUGGCACUAUAUUUAGAGUUAUGUGUUUUGCACAUUUGUGGAAUAAGACCAAUAUUAGGGCGUGUAGAGGAUUUCUCAAAGGAGGUCAAAUUGCUGUUAAAAGCAAUGGAGGGGCAAAUUUUCUUGAAGGCAUCAGUAAAAUCCUUAAAAGAGAUAAUAUCUCUGGUUUAUCCUGGACUGUUACAAACCGAAGGUUUGGUUUGAAAUACUUUAGUGGACAUUGGUGUAUUGCAGGAAGUUUUAGAAAAGAGUGAAUAAUCAUUUAGGCAUACAUGACUGAAAUUUUUUGUACCCUAAAAUUUCUUGGUUGUGGCAUUUUCCUCCAGCCGUUCCUUUUGCGGUUGAAAGGGGGUGGCUUUUUCUUCUCAACAAACGUAUCUGUUGUAUGCCCACCAAGGAAAGAGGGAAUGUGUAUCUGGUAGUGAUCUUAAUUAUUGUCAUCAUGCGGGAAAUGAAUAAUUAUUUACCUCA